AUGCCUCCGUCAAUUUGUGAGGUAUGCAAAGACGCUCGGGCGCAAGUGAUCAGACCCAAGAACUCGCAAAAAAUCUGCAAGCAAUGUUUUCUGGCGGUGUUCGAGGAUGAGAUCCACCAAACAAUCGUGAGUAACAAACUAUUCCACCGCGGAGAACGAGUGGCCAUAGGCGCUUCCGGCGGAAAGGAUUCCACAGUCCUUGCUUCGGUCUUAAAAACAUUGAAUGAGCGCCAUGAUUAUGGCUUGAACUUGGUUCUGCUCUCCAUCGAUGAAGGGAUCAAAGGGUAUCGUGACGACAGUCUCGAGACCGUCAAACGAAAUGCUGUCCAGUAUGAGAUGCCCUUGGAAAUUGUCGGAUAUGACCAACUCUAUGGCUGGACAAUGGACCAGGUAGUGGCGCAAGUCGGGAAGAAGGGGAACUGUACCUAUUGUGGAGUUUUCCGUCGACAAGCACUGGAUCGAGGCGCGGCAAAGUUGGGAAUCAAGCAUGUGGUGACGGGCCACAAUGCUGACGACGUUGCGGAAACUGUCAUGAUGAACCUCCUCCGCGGCGAUCUGCCCAGGCUGGCUCGGGCUACGUCAAUCAUGACAUCCAGUGCGGCCAGUGAGAUCAAGCGAAGCAAGCCUCUCAAGUACGCCUAUGAGAAGGAAAUCGUGUUGUACGCUCAUCACAAGAAACUCGACUAUUUUAGCACUGAAUGCAUCUACUCACCCGAAGCAUUUCGAGGAAGCGCAAGAACACUGAUAAAGGAUCUUGAAAAAAUACGACCCAGUAGUAUCCUGGACAUUGUCAAGAGCGGGGAGGAUAUGGCAGCACUUGUGCCUCCCGAAGUAAGCGGGUCAACAUCGUGUGCGGGCGACGGUGGCGAGGAAGUCAACGGCUGUGGCGGAGGGAACUCCAACGUGACCUCGAUGGAUCAAAUGGAGAAACAACUGGCGGCCAAUGAAGCAGCGAUCGACCGAGAGACUGAGAUCAAGUUGCCAUCCAAAAGUGUUGAACCCAUGCCAACAUCGCAGCCGAACACGGUGUCUAUACACGACAAGAAACACCGUGGCCGCCGCAAAGGGAAAGUCGUCAAACAAGUCAUGGGUCAGUGCGAGAGAUGCGGCUAUCUGUCGAGUCAAAAGGUCUGCAAAGCUUGUUCACUAUUAGAAGGCCUCAACAAGAGUCGGCCACAAACAUCAAUCGAAGUUGGGAUUGAAGACGAAGAAGGAAGCACGACUUUGAUGAGGCAAGUUGCUAGCAUCACCAUCUCUGCUGGCUAG